AGAAUUGGGCCGGAAGUGCUGGUGCUGUUUCCGCUGGAGGAAACGAGACCAAGUUGAGCUAAUGUCGAUAUAAAGUGUUUGUUUCGGUGAGAGUAAAGUUUAAAGUACAUAAAAGCAGGCGGAGUCUGGUGCGUCCGAGCGGCGCGUUGUUAUCAGCGUUUAUUACAGCCGCUGUCGGCGGACUCUCAGCCGAACUGUGACCCCGGACCUGCGGACUCCGCUGCGGUCGCACUUGUGCUGGUCUCCUUCGGUUCCUCCGGCUGAGUCCGCGUCUGAGUCCGGAGAUGAAGAGGAGACUCCUGCUGGUGUCCAACUCCACCCUGCACGGCAGCGGCUACCUGGACCACUGUCAGCAGCACAUCGCACACUUCUUCGGGAAAGAUGUGAAGAGGGUGCUGUUCGUUCCUCACGCUCUCCACGACAGAGACGCCUACACCAAGACCGCCAGGGACAAGUUCAAGACUCUGGGCUACGAGGUGGACGGCCUCCACGAGGCCCCGGACCCCGUCGACGCCGUCCGGAGGGCCGAGGGCAUUUUCAUAGGAGGAGGAAACACCUUCCGGCUGCUGAAGAGUCUCUAUGACAACCAGGUGGUGACGGAGAUCAGGAGGAGAGUGCUCGAGGACGGUGUCCCCUACAUGGGCUCCAGUGCCGGCACCAACGUGGCCACCAUCAGCAUCAACACCACCAACGACAUGCCCAUCGUCUACCCUCCGUCCUUCUCCGCCAUCGGCCUCGUCCCCUUCAACAUCAACCCGCACUACCCGCACUACCUGGGCGCCGCGCCUGCCAGCAGCCGCCACAUGGGGGAGACCAGAGAGCAGAGGAUCACCCAGUACCACGAAGAACCUGAUACUCCAUGUGUCCUGGGUCUGAGGGAGGGGUCCAUGCUGCUGGUGGAGGGAAACAAAGCAACACUACUGGGAAGCACCAAGGCCAGGCUCUUCACCAGGGGAAAGCCCUCAGUGGAGUACGACCCGGGCAGUGACCUCAGCUUCCUACUGACACACUGACCAAUCAGAGGGAAACAGGAAACGACUGCCGGUGUCGCGCCCUUUCACGUUGUUGUUCUGGUCAAAACAGAAUAAAUGUUUUAAAAGAAAAAUCA